AUGAGUGAACUGCGCAACAAGAUGUGGAAGGUUCUUCUCAAGGAAACCAAGAAGAAAAACCUAAAGCCUGGAGAUCACAUCUACAUAUGGACACAAGCCAAUACAAAAGACCAUGGAAUAUAUUUGGAUGAAGAAAACGUGAUCCACUUCACUCAAGGUCGACGAGGAGCAAGGUCAGACGAUCAUCAUAGUACAUGUCCAAAAUGCAGUGACCAUGAUCAAUCAAGUUUUCAUGGUGUGGUCUCUUCCUGCAUAGAUGGUUUCCUUUCUGGUGGAGAUCAUCUGUAUCGCUUUGAAUAUGGUGUUAAUCCAGCUCUCAUCCUCGCCAAACUCGGAGGUACAACUCUUGCGCGUGCUGAUCCAGCUGAAGUUGUGCAGAACCGUGCGUCUAGUUUCCUUCUAAUUGUUAACAAUGACUCCAGUUGGCACUACCGUUUCAUAAACAAUGGUAAAGACUUUGCAAUGUAUUUCAAAACAGGCUUGGUACUGAUAGAUAACAUAAAUUUCAGCAGAAGUUGGCAAAUUGCAGCAUUUUUCUUGGCAGUUUCUGUCACUGUCUUUCCUUCUCUGCAGCAACUCACAGCUGCUACUUUUACUGGUGUGGCAGCUACAUGUUUUGGCUUAUACUGUAAUCAUAGAUUUGGUUCUGAUAUCAGAGCCCGUCCUAAUGUUAUUAAAGUGGAUCAAGUAGACAUCUGUUGCUAUUAA